CAAGAGUUCGACUGUCACACAGUGGACUUGCUUGCAGCGCUCGCAAGCCAUUCGCAAACAACAGAGGCGGCUGCCCGUCCUCCUCGCUCGCUCGGCUCGCUCGCUCGCACGGAAGGGCAGCCCUUUGCAAAGGAAGCGCUCGCAAGAGCAGCCUCACCGACCUCGACCGAUCGAUUACUCUCGUGAACAACCAUGUUCUUCGGCGGCAUGCCCGGCGGCGGCUUCCCCGGCAUGCCCCAGAAGCGCGAGCCCGCCGACACGACGAAGCUGUACGAGACGCUAGGAAUCGAGAAGUCGUCGACGGCGGCGCAGAUCAAAAAAGCCUAUAGGAAAAAGGCGUUGAGGAUGCACCCGGACAAGGGCGGCGACCCCGAAGAAUUUAAAAAAUUACAAGCGGCCUACGACGUCCUGUCUGACGAAGAUAAACGGAAAACGUAUGAUAAGUAUGGCCUCGAAGGAUUGGAGGAAGGCGGCGGUCCGGGAGGAGGCAUGGGCGACAUCUUCGACUUGUUCGGGGGCGGGCGACGAAGAAAUGGCAAGCGGAAGGUGGAACCCCUGGUCUUCACAGUGAAAGCUUCGCUAGAACACCUGUACUGCGGCAAGACCGUCAAGCUCGCCUAUAAACGAGAUGCGUUGGUGGGCGAACCGCGGAAGUGCGCGACGUGUGGCGGCACUGGAAUAACAGUCCAAAACGUGCAGAUCGCGCCUGGGAUGGUUACGAGGGCGCAAGCGCAGUGCUCGCAGUGUAAUGGCGGCUACCGCGCUCAGAUGAAGAAGGAGCGCUGCGAAGUUGAAGUCAGAAUAGACAAGGGCGCCGCCGACAAGUCGAAGAUCAAGCUCAAAGAUAAAGGCUCGGAAGCGGCUGGGGCGGAACAGGGCGAUGUGCAUUUUGUGAUUCAGCAGAAGCCCCAUUCCCUGUAUAAGCGACACGGGGCUGAUUUGUUGAUUAGGAAGGACAUUGGCCUCGUGGAGGCCUUGACAGGGUUCAAAUUUGUCGUGCCCACGCUAGAUGGUCGAAAGUUGAGCGUACAAGCGAAGCCGGGCCAGAUCAUCCGGCCCGAGGUGCGGUCAGGCGUGCCCUACGUCAUGUGCGUCGACGGCGAGGGCAUGCCGAAGUACGGGAACCCUUUUGAUAAAGGGAGGCUGUUUGUUCUAUUCCACAUCGCCUUUCCGACGGACGGUUCCUUAUCAUCACAAGCAGUAGCGUAUCUAAAGAAAGCUUUGCCUGCGCCCUUGGACCAUCCCGUCGUCGGCGCGGAUGCCGAGGCUCUGAAGAAGCUGGCCGAGAAGAACGAAUCGGUGAGGGAACUGCUCGGCCACGAGGCCGAGGAGGCCUUCCUGACGCGUGUCGAGGGCGGCAUGGACGAUUUUGGAAGGGGCGCGGGCGCCGAUGGUGGGGACGCGACGAACGAGGACGACGACGACGGGCGCCGGCGGCGCGGGCCGCAGGUGCAGCAGUGCGCGCAGCAGUAG